ACCUGCAAAAUCUUAUUUAAGCAGCUGAGCGAAUGAAAAAAAAAGUCUUAUAAUAUUUUACGAACCGGGUGCAUGGAAUUAUACGUGUUUCGAGAGUACAGCGAUAAUGUGACCGAAAUGGAAAGCUUUUGUAUUAGCCACUAAAAAAUAAAUAAAUCAAAAAACAAAGUUGAUUAAUCUGAGAAUGCAUAACAGAAUUGGCUUAAACGCGAUUUCGCGAGUGCCUUAAACUAUUUUAAAAAUACCCCGAAAACGAAGCUCUGCGAGGGAGCUUAAAAGUCUAUUAAUUAAUUGUUUACUAAUUAAGCAAUAUGCGAUUAGUUAAAAGUGCCGCGGAUGUAUGUUAAAUAAAUGAAAUGCACGCAAAGCGAGGGCGUUGUGGUUUUUUCCUUUUGAGCACAAAAAGCCAUUGCUAAAAAUACCCAACAAAAUAAACGAAAAUACAAAAACAAUUUGGCAAAGCAAUGCCAACAAAACUGCGUAAAUAAGGAAAACAUAGAUACAGUAAAUAAAGCGAAAUAAAUUAGCAAAAACUCGAAUUUGCGAAAAGCCAAUAAUCCAACAGCUGGCCCUUUGACGUCACAGCCGCUCAGCUGAUUCGUGACGUGCGCGCCAUGACGUACAAAGCCGCCCACUAAUAGAAGCAUCCACCACCCACACCCCCACACAACCCGUAAUCCUCGAUGGAUAGCUCUAUGUUUUAUGCCAAGGAUCAAAUGGCUUCGAGCACGGAGGCCAAUGUCGUGGCCCAUACCUUGGCAUCGGUUAAUGCCAGUGGUGGUGUUACUUCCACGAUUUCGCCACGCGUCGAAGAUGGCGGCGUCUCCAUGAACAAUUUCUACCCUGCGCUGGUACAGUGCUUUGGUAUCAUCAUUUGUGGAUACAUCGCCGGACGCUUUAAGAUCAUCAGCAAUGCGGAAACCAAGGGACUGGGCACUUUCGUGGGCACCUUCGCCCUGCCCUCGCUGAUCUUCCUGUCGCUGGUGGAGCUCAACUGGAGUGCUGUGAACUGGAGCUUCCUGCUGGCCAUGUUGGUGUCCAAGGCGGUGGUCUUCUUCGCCGUUCUGAUCAUCUCCUUGCUGGUGGCUAGGCCUCUGAACUAUGCUCGUGGCGGUCUGAUGGCCAUUUUUUGCACUCAGAGUAAUGACUUUGCCAUUGGUUAUCCUAUAGUCAUGGCUCUGUACAAAGAUAUUCAUCCGGAAUAUGCAUCAUACCUCUACCUAAUGGCCCCCAUAUCGCUUGCAAUUUUAAAUCCCAUAGGUUUAGUCCUCAUGGAAAUCUCAAAGAUUGUUAAGAACAAAGAAGAAGUGAACCGUAAUCCACCGCUGUGUCCAGAAACCUGCCCGGCGGAACAAAUGUCUAAACGGAAUCGAUGCUUCGGAGAUCGUUCCAUUCUUGUUUUCAACACCAUUGUGGCCUUGUUCUUCAAUCCCUUGCUACUGAUGACCCUCUUGGGAGUAGGUGGAGGCUUUCUGUUUCCUACUGGCCUCCCGGAGAUGGUGUCUAGUACUUUGCGCACGCUCGGCCAGAGCUUCUCAGCCACGGCUUUGUUUUUGCUGGGCUUGAAGAUAGUUGGAGGUGCUGGAGCGGAAAAAAAGAGCACUGGAUUCUUGCUGCCUGGUGUGCUUAUUUUGGUGAAAAUAUUGGUGCUACCUCUGGUUAUCCGUCAGACUGUCAACAUCAUGCAGUCUGGCCAGAACUUCAAUGACACCACCGAACUGAGCACUUUCGGCUUUCUCUACGGUACCUUUCCAGCUGCCCCCGGCGCUUUUGUGAUUGCCACUCAGUACAACAUGGAGGUUGAAUUGGUGGCUCGCAGCAUGGUUUUCUGCACUUUCAUCUCGGCUCCUCUGAUGUUUAUAUCCGCAAAAAUGAUAUCGUUGACAAAUUUGAAGCCUCUGGAUUACCUGCACGAGCUAGAUGCCUUUUCAUUCGACAUUAGCGUGGCUGGUGCGGCGGCCUGUUGCUGUAUGUUGGUGCUGUUGAUUGUUACCAAGCGCUUCAAGAGAAUGCCGCAAAGAAUUACCUUCUGUCUGGUGCUGUCGCAGCUAAUGUGCUGCAUAGGCGUCAUACUGUGGUCUAAAAUGGAGCACGUCCAUCAAUGGCCAUUGUAUUUCCAAUUUUUCCUCUUCAAUAUUGGCACUUAUAGCACCCGUUUGUGGACAGGUCUUUUGGCCAUUUCGCUACUCUUCCUGCAGUGUCGUAGUCUGUGUUUUGUGCUUAAAAUGUGGCCCUAUAUGCUGGUCUUUGCCUGGGGAGUUCCGGCCAUUAUAUCAGGCCUCUUGGUGGCUUUCGAUUCAAAUGUUAUGUCGGGGGAGAAACACAAUCCCAGUUUCCAAUAUGGAAAUGCCCAAGCAGCCAUUUCAGUGUUUAUGCUCGUCAUGUGUUUCAUAGUAACCGUGGGCUGCCUGGUGCUACAUCAGCGUUACAAGAAACGCUAUGAAAAAUACAUGACCUAUUCACGUGAGUUGUCCAACCCCGAGUCGGAAUCAUCCGAUCUGCAUUCGACCAUAUCCACAACGAACCUGCUGGGCCACACGGAUCAUGCCUCGAUUAGACAAAGUGUUCGCACGGCUUCCUACUCCUCCUCUUCCGAUGACGACGAAAUGAUUCCUACAGCUGCUGGAAUGCCAGCCACUAGGGCUAGCGUUACUGGAUCAGGAUCUGGUGGUGGUUGUGGUUCUGGCAAUGGGGCUUGUUGCUCGGGUGGGGAUAGGGUGACCACUCCAUCAACAACCAGUACUGCGGUGGUGGACAUAGAGGAUCUGAUGAAUCGCGCAAGACAACGCAGCAAUGCCACGAUUAGCAAAGAUUUGGACAAGAUUGAAAGUGCUCCGGCCAAUGAAGAAAUUCGCAAUCAGAUGUGCGGCAGUUCUUUCAACUGCGGACCGAGUACCUCGCGUCAAAGCUGCCAGACGAUCAUAGAACGCUACGAGGACCAAACUAGACGUGGUCUGGAGCCUCUGGAGCAGACUACCGACUCUGAUGAGCAUCAAACCCUCAAGCACACCGUGCUGCUAAUCAUACUACUGUGCUCCAUGUUUGUCGGCCUGGCAGUGUCCAUCUGGACCCUUGUCAUGGAGGGAAUGUCGGGAAUAUAUUUGGAACUGAGUUUCCUCGAUGCUUUCCUCAACUUUGGACAGGGAUUAAUCGUGUUGGCCGUAUUCAUAACCGAUAUGGGAGAACUGUUAAUGCCGGUAGUCAGGCUUUGGCGCAAGAUAUGGUAUGGAGCCAAUGUGGUUAGCCUGCCCCACUGGUCCAAUCUUCGGCCAGAAACCAAGCAUAUUUGCGAGCAGUUCCGUAAUCAUCACUUGGAGAAUUGCAAAAAGGAUAUUGCAAAGGAUAGAAGAUGGCGCAUUCGAGUAUAUCGCAAGGUAUUCUAUGGCAGCGAGUUCGUCAGCUGGCUCAUCGAGGUGGGCUUGUCCAAGGAUCGCCUGGAGGCCGUCCACUACGCCAGGCACCUGGUCGAUGGCAGGGUCCUGCGGCACAUCAACAAUGUAUACCACUUCGAGGACAAGCUGCUGCUCUACAAUUUCUGCAGUCGCAUCUAGGAGCGCACCAGCGUUUAAUGCCAAGAUGAAGCAACUACGCCAAAUUUAGUUUGAUUUCCUGUUUAGUUUUUCAUAUGUUUUGUAUGUAAUUUUGACUGCUGUGAUUGUUCGCCAAACAAAAACACACUCUCACACAAGACAGCCGAUUGUGUGUGGGUGCGGAGGCGAAGGCGAGUGGGAGGAUGAGCUAGUGAAAUUGUUUAUACUGUCCAAGUAAUUUGCUUGGCAAACGAAAAAAGUUUAUUUUUUGUAAAUGUUUAUUACUAAGUAGUUGACUCAGCCAUCAGCUUGAGCUUUAUAUAGUGCAAUAUAGAAAUACUGAAUGUAAUCGAUGCAGAAAGUUACCUAAAUACGCUACACUAUUACUUUAAACUUUAAACUCUUAACAAAAUGAUGUGUCACAACUUAAUAGAAAACUGUGCAUAAAACGUUUCUGGGAGGCCAGAGCUGUAAACGAAUAAAUUUGUAUAAAUACCCGUAGGAUAGUAUACACUCAUGAAUAAAUAUAUAUAUGCAUAUAUACCUCUGGCCGUAAGGCCUACAGAUCAAA